AUGGCGUCGCUAUAUCGCAUUGCCGGCUGCGGCGCCAGGCGUCUGCAGCGAGCAAAGUCCGCGAUACCAGCUAUACGCGCAUUUUCACAGUCCGCUUUGCGCAACGCCGACAUCCCCGAAUACCAGCCCACUAUCCUCAGACCCAUCGAUCCCAACACCAUCCAAGGCCUGCCGCGCACAGAGGCCGAGCGUGAGCCAGAUGUCACCCAGCGAAAGAUGCGCCACUACACGGUCAACUUCGGUCCCCAGCAUCCCGCCGCCCACGGUGUGUUGCGAUUAAUUCUCGAACUGAACGGAGAGGAGAUCCUUCGAGCCGAUCCUCACGUCGGCCUGUUACACCGAGGAACGGAGAAGUUAAUCGAGUACAAGACAUAUCUACAAGCCUUACCAUACUUCGACCGACUAGACUACGUCUCCAUGAUGACGAACGAGCAAUGCUUCUCUCUUGCCGUUGAGAAGCUGCUAAACAUAGAGAUCCCAGCAAGAGCCAAAUGGAUUCGAACUAUGUUUGGAGAGAUCACACGAAUUCUUAAUCACCUCAUGUCCGUUCUAUCACACGCCAUGGACGUUGGUGCUUUAACACCUUUCUUAUGGGGUUUUGAGGAACGAGAGAAGUUGAUGGAAUUUUAUGAACGUGUUUCUGGUGCCCGUCUUCAUUCAGCCUACGUCAGACCUGGUGGUGUUCACCAAGAUAUCCCGAUUGGUCUCCUUGACGAUAUCUACCAAUGGGCUACUCAGUUCGGUGACCGAAUUGAUGAAACUGAGGAGAUGUUAACAGACAACCGUAUUUGGCAUCAAAGAUUGAGGGGUAUCGGUGUUGUCACGGCUGAGGAUGCUCUUAACCUUUCCUUCUCGGGUGUUAUGUUAAGAGGAUCUGGUGUUCCUUGGGAUAUUCGCAAGAGCCAGCCGUACGACGCAUAUGACCAGGUUGAGUUUGAUGUCCCUGUGGGAAUCAAGGGUGAUUGCUAUGACCGAUAUCUAUGCCGAAUGGAAGAGUUUCGUCAGUCUCUCCGAAUCAUUCACCAAUGCCUUAAUAAGAUGCCAGCUGGCCCUGUCCGAGUUGAGGAUUACAAGGUAUCGCCACCUCCACGAGCAGCAAUGAAGGAGAAUAUGGAAGCUUUGAUCCACCACUUCCUCCUGUACACCAAGGGUUAUUCCGUUCCUCCCGGCGAGACGUACUCCGUGAUUGAAGCACCAAAGGGAGAAAUGGGUGUGUACUUGGUGAGCGAUGGAAGCGAGAGACCAUACCGUUGCUCGAUCCGUGCCCCUGGUUUCGCACACUUGGGUGGCUUCGACCACGUUUCCAGAGGACAUUUACUUGCGGAUGCGGUGGCGGUUAUCGGUACGAUGGAUCUGGUGUUCGGUGAGGUUGACAGGUGA